AAAGCUUGCUAGUGGACUCUUAUGAAUGCAUCAAGACUCUAGCGUGCAAUACAUGGUGAAUCGCUGACAAUUGAGACACGGAGAGUGAACCAGUCCCUACUAGCAUACCAAUUUGAUAAGGAUCUUACUAAUAUCACUAGUCUUAGAUUGACGCUGACACUGCUUGGAGCGAUACCAUCACCAUGCGUGCCUACUACUUCGACAACGUUCCAGGUGACCAGCGGCUGCUGCACGAUUCCGGAAACCCUGUAUCAGAUGAGAUCCUGAAGUCUACCGGAGUACUGCACUGGCACAUCCCAACGAGCCAACAGAACGAGAUUGAGGCGGUUGCAAAGGAAAGAAGCUACAAGAACAGAGAUGUUAUCACAAUCACCAAGCAGGGCCUUGGAGAUUUAUACGAGUCCAAGUUAAAGAGCUUCUAUGAAGAGCACAUGCAUGAAGACGAGGAGAUCAGAUAUAUUCUCGAGGGCAGCGGCUUUUUCGAUGUUCGAGAACAUCCCUCAGAUUCAUGGAUCCGUUGUCAGGUAGACGCGGGUGAUCUCUUGGUUCUCCCCGCUGGCAUCUACCACCGAUUCACUCUUGACGAGAAUAACAUGAUUAAAGCUUUGCGUCUCUUCAAGGAUGAGCCCAAGUGGACUCCUUUGAACCGCGGUGACGCGACAGAUGCAAACCUUUACCGUGUCGAUUAUUUAAGGAGUCUAGCUGUCAACUGAUUGAAGCAAAUGAGAAGGAUGGCGUCCUGCUUGAAGUUUGUCCUAAUAAGAACGUGUUCAAGAGUAUAUACCAGAGGUCGAUGUAAAGAAGAGUUCUGUAACGAUGAGUAGUUGUAGCGAUAUUAUCUACCGCAUGCAUGUCACUGAUAACCACUAUAGUUGUCACCGAAGAGAUCUUGCUCGAUCACCUGAAAGCACAGCUCCCUAUUUUAUGCCUAGGCAGUU